UUUUAAAAGUUAUUUUUAAAGUAGAAGGAACAUGAAAUUUAUAUUUAUCAUCAUCUCAAUUCUUGUAAUAGUUGUUGCAACUUUCAGCAAAGAGAGUCCACAUUUUAAUAUUAACACUUCUGGCCCUUUAAUUAAUCACGUAACUAAUAUUCCUCUUAGACAAGAAAUCAAGCGUUCUUUGCCAACUAAAAUCCACUCUGUGGAUCUGAAGGCAAUUCCAGAAUCUUUUGAUGCCAGAGAAGCUUGGCCACAAUGUGCGUCAGUAAUUGGAGAUAUUAAAGACCAAGGAGGAUGUGCUGCUGGUUGGGCAUUCGCCGCCAUUGGAACAAUAAACGAUAGAAUUUGUAUCCACUCAAAUGCGACUAUACAGAUGAAUAUUUCGGCUCUAGAUUUGCUUACUUGCUGUAGUGAUUGUAAUUAUGGCUGCACUGGAGGACGUCCAGUUGAAGGCUGGUAUUAUUGGUCUUCAACUGGUGUCGUCACUGGGGGAAAAUAUGGCACAAAUGACGGCUGUAAAGCUUAUUCAAUUGAACCAUGUGAUCAUUACGUUGAUGGUUCGUGCGAAUUUAUGGGAUAUGCUCCUGACUGCGUAAAGGCUUGUGAUGAGGGGUCUUCUUUAGAAUACGACUCUGAUUUAAAAACUGGUGCACCGUAUUACGUUGUACAGACAGAAGCUCAAAUACAAACCGAAAUUAUGACUAAUGGACCUGUUGCAGCUUCAUUUGACAUGUAUCAAAAUCUUUUGAGUUACAAAAGCGGUGUAUAUCAACAAGUCACUGGAUGGAUUGUCAGACGAGAAGCUGCUAAGCUUAUUGGUUGGGGAGUGGAAGAAGGUGUUCCUUAUUGGUUAGCUGCAAAUUCUUUGAACGACAACUGGGGUGAAAAUGGUUACUUUAAGAUUUUACGUGGAUCUAAUUUUUGCGACAUUGAGUCUGAACCACUCGCUGGAAUUCCGAAACUUUAGAUUAUAAAAUGCAAUACCAAAUAAAACUGCAAAUAUUUCACUAGACCAUAUUAAUACAAUCACUUGCUGGUUUGCCGAAAUUUAAGAUUAUAUACUCUACUGUAAAAUCUGCAGAUUUUAAUGUGGAUAACGUUAAUAUCAUUUGUCACAAACACUGUCAUGUUUUGCACUGAUAAAUAAAACGUAGUUUGUCAAAC